AUGUUGCAGGCCCUAAAAUCUGCUCGUACGGGGACACCAUACUGGGCAAGAAAUGCCAUCUAUGCCGACCGCAGUAUUAUCGUCUUGAACAAACCCGCAGGACUUAUCUGUCCAAGCCUCCGAAGCUUCCUCCGAAAACACUUUGACAAAUUUAAUGAUCUACUUCGUGACGUAAAACAAUCUUUUGACUUGGAGAAUCUGCCGUACCCUGUCCAUCGCCUUGAUAAGGCUUGUCAGGCUAUCACCGGGACACUCUUGUUAGCACGUAGCUCUCCAGCUGCCCGGCAGUUCUCGCAACAAUUUCAAUCGCGAGUAGUAGGGAAAACAUACUUGGCUCUCGUCCGUGGAGGAGAGAAGUCUUUUCCAGCUCGCAGUGGAGAGAUUCGAGAUGCCCUGGAAUUUAGUGAUGGGCGCGUGUCUCUGGGCGAGAGCUGUGCCGCCAAGUUUGCUGCCACUGAUUGGGAACUUCUCGCGUCUUCUCCCGUGGCACCGCUGUCAUUGCUCAGGCUUACUUUGCACACAGGAUUGAAGCACCAGCUUCGCAUUCAUUUGUCACAUUCCUUGCACACGCCUAUACUGGGUGAUAACUUAUAUGCGAGGAGUGCCAUUUCCGAGAAGAUUGCAAAGAUUACCCGACUGCCCGAAAAAAGGAUAUUCUUACACGCAGCGCAGCUGACGCUCUCAAGGUACAGAAAGACAGGAUCCGGCAAGCACUUCCGACUGGGGAUCGGGGCGCCUAUACCCAGGGACUUCCUCGCGAUAUGCAGAGAUGCAGGAAUCCCGUUGGAUCAUACAUAUAUUGACGGCGGCCUGUUCGUUGACGGCCAGCAUGUUGAUGAUGUUCCAGAUCUUGAAGGAAGAUGGCUACGAAAUCCUUCAGCACCACGCCCAUGA